CCUCGAUCACUUGAAUUUGAUUAUACUCGUUGGAUACGUGAUCCAAAAACAGGCCUCAGACCAAAGUUACCUCAUCCGUUUGCUUAUCUUCCUUUUGGUGCUGGACCACGUAAUUGUGUUGGACAAAAUUUUGCAUUAUUAGAAGCAAAAAUCAUAUUAGCUAUGUUCUUACAACGAUGCAACUUUAAAUUAGUACCCGGACGAAAAAUAGUUCCUGAAGAAAAACCUACAUUAAAAGCGAAAUAUGGUACUUUUGCAAAUAUUAGUAAACGCGAAAUAUAA